UACUAAGUAGUUUACGUCACGAGUUUUGUACAGGAUGUAAUUUACAUCGAUAGGGAAUUUUAUGUUUCUACAGUUCUUGUUCCUGUUUCAAAAUGCAUGCGCUGAUAAAAUACAGUAAAAUGCAAUGCUGUUAUCGCUGUUAUGCAUAAAUUAAUAAUUGACGAUGAGAGAAAAGUGAAUGAAAUAUGUGGAAGACGUCUGUAACGAAUGCUUCAGAUCGUAUAUUUCCUGGUCUAGCUUAUCAUGACCGGAAAAAGGAAUUUUAUGAUAUCGGCAACCAAAUUAUGUCCAGCCUUCCGUUACAAAUGGCUUUGUACAUCAAUGUGUGGAUGUUCCCAUUUUGGUUUAUAAUAGCACUAGGUAGCUUAGAUGUAAAGUAUCACACAUUAUCAGAUGUAUACAAAUUUAUAACGGCAGCAGUAUUAUUCAUCGUUUCUAUACUGGAAUGUGCUAGGCUAUACCUGGGAUAUCUUGGGAAUUUAGCAGAAAAAAUACCAGAAUUGGCUAGUUUUUGGCUGGUAUCGACAUUGUUACAGUUUCCUUUGGAGUUGUUUUUAAUGUUGGACAAUGGUACAAAGCCCUUGCUUUGGGAGAAAAUAUCAAAUGGAAUAAUGAUGUCCCUCCUUGUAAUUGAAAUAGUUACUGGAACAAUUGCAUUAAAACGUUCCGCUGAUCAUCAUGCUAAAAGAUUUUACAUGGCUCAAUUAUACGGCAUAGAUGACAAAUUGGAUUGAAUAAGACUGCAUUUCGAUACUAGUAAAAUAUAUAUUUAUUGACUCUUAAAGACUUUGGCUAAGGUAAUAAUUGUUUCAUUAUUACUUUUUUUUUACUAACCAAAACAGUAAGAUCACAAACAACUUCUAUUAAACAUUAGUAGAUAGUGCCAUUCAUGGUAUAAGUGAAUACUCUCACAUAUCUUUUGUACAAAAUUAUAUGGCAACAAAUUAAAGCACCUUGUAGUUUUAA